GACUCUUCCGGCCCGCCCGGCCCGGCUCAAUGUCUCGGCUCCAGGCCGGGGACCGCAGCCUCGAGCCCCGCGGGCGCGACCCCAAACGCGGAGCGGGCCCAGGGGCGGGGCCGAGCUUCCCGGAGGCAGCGGGGGUUGGGGGCGGUCCCUCCCCAGGCCCCUCCCCCGGCCCCGCCCCGCCCUCGGCAGAAGUUAGAGCCUCCCUCGGGCCGCGGCGGAUCUCCGGGAGCAGCGACCCGUGCGUGGGCAGCGCGCUGGAACCAUGGGCUCCAUGUUCCGCAGCGAGGAGGUGGCCUUGGCCCAGCUGUUCCUGCCCACGGCCGCCGCCUACACCUGUGUGAGCGACCUGGGAGAGCGGGGCCUGGUGGAGUUCCGAGACCUCAACGCCUCCAUGAGCCCCUUCCAGCGGCGCUACGUGGGGGAGGUGCGGCGCUGCGAGGAGCUGGAGAAGACCUUCUCCUUCCUGCAGGAGGAGCUGAGAAGAGCCGGGCAGACACUCCCGGAGCCCCAGGGGAACCCGGGAGGGCCUAGAGGCUGCGCAUCCAGGGGACCCAAGGUGGCGAGGGAGGGGGAGGUCCGGGAACCAAGGCCUGGGCACGGGAUGCACCCUACCCAGGCCCACGCCGUCCUGCGCCAGGGGCCCCACACGCGCGGCCAGCACGUCCCCGAGUCUGAGCCUCAGCUGCUCUCCCCGCCUCCAGGGCUGAGCAGGGACUCCGGAGUCCCUCUCACGGGGCCCUCUGUCAGUUUUGUGGCAGGGACGAUCCCGCCAUGGCGAGCGGGGGCCCUCGAGCGCCUCCUGUGGCGGGCGUGCCGUGGCUACCUCAUCGCCAGCUUUGUGGACAUGGAAGAGUCCCUUGAGGACCCCCUGACGGGGGAGAGCACGCCCUGGGUCAUCUUCCUCAUCUCUUACUGGGGAGAGCAGAUCGGGCAGAAAAUCCGCAAGAUCACAGACUGCUUUCACUGCAACGUGUUCCCGUAUCCGGACCGGGAGGAGGAGCGUGUGGCCAGCCUGCAGCACCUGCAGCAGCAGAAGCAGGACCUGAGCGUGGUGCUCCAGGAGACCGAGCACUUCCUGGGCCAGGUGCUCGGGCGGGUGCGGGGCCUGCUGCCCCCCUGGCAGGUGCAGAUCCGCAAGAUGAAGGCCGUCUACCUGACGCUCAACCAGUGCAGCCUCAGCGUCACCGACAAGUGCCUCGUGGCCGAGGUCUGGUGCCCGGCCCGCGACCUCCUGGCCCUGCAGCAGACCCUCAACGAGAGCUCGCUCCGCAGCGGGGCCGGCGUGGGGACUGUCGUGCACCGGAUCCCCUCCCGAGACCCGCCUCCGACCCUGGUCCGCACCAACCGCUUCACCGCCAGCUUCCAGGGCAUCGUGGACGCCUACGGCGUGGGGCGCUACCAGGAGGUGAACCCGGCCCCCUACACCAUCAUCACGUUCCCCUUCCUCUUUGCCGUCAUGUUUGGCGACGUGGGCCACGGGCUGCUCAUGUUCCUAUUUGCCCUGGCCAUGGUGCUAGGAGAGAACCGGCCGGGCAUGAAAGCCUCACAGAAUGAGAUCUGGAGGACCUUCUUCGGGGGCCGCUACCUGCUCCUCCUCAUGGGGGCCUUCUCGGUCUACACCGGCUUCAUCUACAACGAGUGCUUCAGUCGAGCCUCCGCCAUCUUCCCCUCGGGCUGGAGCGUCAGGGCCAUGGCGAGCCAGUCCAACUGGAGCUCGGGAUUUCUGGCCAGCCACCCGGUGCUCAGCUUGGACCCCAACGUCACCGACGUGUUCCGAGGACCCUAUCCCUUCGGAAUCGACCCGAUAUGGAGUUUGGCCAUCAACCACCUGAGCUUCCUCAACUCCUUCAAGAUGAAGAUGUCAGUGAUCCUGGGCAUCCUGCACAUGACCUUUGGGGUCAUCCUGGGUGUUUUCAACCACAUACACUUCAGGCAGCCCCACCGGCUCGUGCUGGAGUUCCUCCCGGAGAUGCUCUUCCUCCUGGGCCUCUUCGGCUACCUGGUGUUCAUGAUCGCCUACAAGUGGCUCUGCUUCUCGGCCACCAGCUCCCCGUGGGCGCCCAGCAUCCUCAUCCACUUCAUCAACAUGUUCCUCUUCUCCCGGAGCCCCACCAACAAGCCCCUGUACCCCCACCAGGAGCCCGUGCAGAUGUUCCUGGUGAUCCUGGCUCUGGCCUCGGUGCCCGUCCUGCUCCUGGGACUUUACCUCUGGGCUCCCCGGGCAAAAGGCGGCGGGCCGGCCCCCCAGGACGGAGCGGGGGGGGGGGGGGGGGGGGGGGAGGGGCGGGGGCGGCCCCCUGGCGUGCCCGCUGACGCCCCUCCCCCUCCCCGCACCCAGGGCUCCUCGGAGAAGCGCCGCCUUCUGGACGAGCCGUCCCCGAACGGCCCGGGAGCGGAGGAAGAUGAGGAGAAAGGCUGGUCCGCGGAGGAGGAGCCCGAGCCCGGAUUCGACUUCUCGGAGGUCUUCAUGCACCAGGCCAUCCACACCAUCGAGUACUGCCUGGGCUGCAUCUCCAACACCGCCUCCUACCUGCGGCUCUGGGCCCUGAGCCUGGCCCACGCCCAGCUCUCCGAGGUGCUGUGGGCCAUGGUGAUGCGCAUCGGGCUGGGCAUGGGCCGCGAGGUGGGCGUGGCCAGCGUGGCGCUGGUGCCCGUGUUCGCCGCCUUCGCGGUGCUCACCGUGGCCAUCCUGCUGGUGAUGGAGGGGCUGUCGGCCUUCUUGCACGCCCUGCGUCCUGCACAGGGUGGAGUUCCAGAACAAGUUUUACGCUGGCACCGGCUACAAGCUGAGCCCUUUUACCUUUGUGGUGGAGGAGAGUGCUCUGUAGAUCUGUGCCCAAUGCCCCCCAUGCCCACACCCCAUGCCCCCCACCCUCACACCCACCAUCCCCAUGUCUGAUGCCCACACCUGUGCCCACCACACCUGUGCCCGUUACCCACCAUGCCCAUGUCUGAUACCCAAUGCCCACCCCCAGGCCCAAUGCCCACCACACCCCGGGGCACCCCCACAGGAAUAAAAGACCCGAACGAGA